CCCUCCCCCGCCCCUCCCCGGUGCCGCCCCCCGCGGGCAUUGGCCGGACGGCGGCGAUGGCGGCGAUUCGCAGCGUGAAGGGCCUGGUGGCGCUGGUGACCGGCGGCGGCUCCGGGCUGGGCCGGGCCACGGUGGAGCGGCUGGUGCAGCACGGGGCGCGGGUGGUGCUGCUGGACCUGCCCACGUCCGCCGGGGGCCAGCUGGCCCAGGAGCUGGGCGAGCACUGCGCCUUCGCCCCCGCCGACGUGACCUCUCCCAAGGAGGUGGGGGCGGCGCUGGCCGUGGCCCAGAAGCAGUUUGGGCGCCUGGACCUGGCCGUGAACUGCGCCGGCAUCGGCAUCGCCGUCAAAACCUACAACAGCAAGAAGGACAAAGUGCACGAUCUGGAGGAUUUCCAGAGGGUCAUCAAUGUGAACCUGGUGGGGACCUUCAACGUGAUCCGCCUCAGCGCGCAGCUGAUGAGCCAGAACAAGCCCGACGCCGACGGCCACCGUGGGCUCCUGGUCAACACCGCCAGCGUGGCCGCCUUUGAGGGGCAGGUGGGCCAAGCAGCCUACUCGGCCUCCAAGGGCGGCAUCGUGGGCAUGACCCUGCCCAUCGCCCGGGACCUGGCACCGCUGGGCAUCCGCGUGGUCACCAUCGCCCCAGGGCUGUUCUCCACCCCGCUCCUGGCCGGUUUGCCCGAGAAGGUCCGGAACUUUCUGGGACAGCAAGUGCCGUUCCCGUCCCGGCUGGGGGACCCUGCUGAGUACGCCCACCUCGUGCAGGCCCUGGCCGAGAACCCCAUGAUCAACGGGGAGGUGGUGAGGCUGGAUGGGGCCCUGCGCAUGCAGCCCUGAGUCUGGGGGAUCCCUCCCCCCCCCUCCCCCACCGAAUUUUGGGGCGGGGAGCGGUCACGCUGAGGACAGAGAGCAGGGAAGGAUUCUGUGGCUGGAUGCUCUCCGGGGACACUCCAGGAUGGGGACGCUGCAGGGACGAGGACUGGGGGCACCAGAUAAGUGGGGACACUCUCUUCUGAGUGGACAUACCCCCCCCCCCCCGAGUGGACACAACUCCCACCCCGAGUGGGGACAACACAUGAGUGGUGGGGACACCCUGGGAUUUUGGGGACAAGCCCCAGGAAUGUGGCCAUGAGGCCACCCAGGAAGUUGGGAAACCCCGCGAUGGGGGCCCUGCUCAGGUGUGGGGGGCCCAUGCCGAGCCCCUCCGAGCGUGGGGGCCUCCCUGAGCCCCUCCCCCCCCAGCCCCUCCCCCAUCGCAAUAAAGCGUGUUCGCCCACGCGGCCUUUGA